CGUACACGACUACAGGGCAUUGCUACUUACCUCCCGAAACACAGCAAACUUGCGACUACGUCGAUAAGCCCAACCGGAUAAGUUAGCGAUAAGGGGGGCAAGGGCGAGUGCUCGGGAGCCCCUGCCCCUUGUCGAAAUGGCUACCACACUCACAUUACACGUGAAGCCCACCGUGGGGGGCGAGCGGGUCACCCUCAGCAUAGGCUCGACCGCCACAGUGGGCGAAUUGAAGGAAGAGCUUGCGGCAAAGAACGGGAUGCCAGCUGCGGAGCAGCGCCUCAUCUUCAAGGGCCAGAUCUUGAAAGACGACGAGCGGACGAUAGACGCUUACGGUAUCGUCAACGAGAGCGUGCUGCAUCUCGUGCGCGGUCGGCCCACCGGCGGCAGCUCGGCGUCGGCGGGAGCUUCAGCAUCACCGGCGGGUGCAUCUGGCGGCGGCACCGGAGCGGCCGGCGGUGGCGGUUUCGGCAUGCCGGGCGGCCUGGGUGGUGCCGGCGGCGGGUUUGGCGGGCUGGGGGGCCCCGGCGGCAUGCCACCCGGCAUGCAGCAAGCCAUGGCCGCCAUGAUGAACGACCCGGCGGUUCAGACCAUGCUUACCUCGCCCGACAUGCUCCGCGCCAUCAUCGGCUCCAACCCGGCCAUGCGCGAGCUCAUGGAGCGAAACCCCGAGAUUGGGCAAGUCCUGAACGACCCCGCCACGCUGCGGGAAAUGAUGCGGAUCGCGUCCAACCCGGCUUUGAUGCGCGAGCACAUGCGCACCAGCGACCGCGCGCUGUCCAACAUCGAGGCACUGCCCGAGGGCUUCAAUGCCCUUCGCCGACUGCACGAGCAAAUACAGGAACCGCUGAUGAACGCUGCGACGGCGCCGCCGGGCGCUGACGGCGCCACCGCCACCUCCACCUCCGGGAGCGGCGCCUCUGCGGCUGGAGCCGACCCGCUUGCAUCGCUGCUAGCACAGGCACUCUCCGGCGCUGGGUCAGGCGCGGGGGCUGGCGCCGCCGCCACUGGCACCACAUCUGCCACUGCUUCAGGGACCGGUGGCGGCGGCGGCGACGGCACGGCAUCCACAGCAGCAGCAGCCACGCCCAACAACGCGCCGCUUCCAAACCCCUGGGCUCCUGGCGGCGGCGGCGGCGCGCCUGGAUCCGGAACCGGGUCCAGCGCCGGCGGGCUUCCAGGGGGCCUGGGGGCAGGCUUUCCCGGGCUCGGGGCGCUGGGGGGGCCGGGGGGCCCCGGCGGCGUGCCGGGUAUGAACAUGAACCCAGCCGAGGCGCUGUCCAUGCUGCAGAACCCGCUGGUGCAGCAAAUGAUGGGCGCGCUGUCGUCCAACCCGCAGCUGAUGGAGACCAUGAUCAACUCCAACCCCCAGCUCCGCGCGAUGGCGGACGCCAACCCCAUGAUGCGCUCCAUGCUGAGCGACCCGCACACGUUGCGGGCGAUGAUGGACCCGCGGCACAUGGCGCAGAUGAUGCAGCUGAUGCAGCAGAUCGAGCAGAUGCGGGGCUCCAACCCGCUCUUUGCGCAGAUGUUCGGAAACGCCAUGGGCGGCAUGGGCGCGCCUGGCGCCGCCCCUCCUGGCACCGCCGCCCCCGGCGCCGCCCCUCCCGGCACCGCUGCCCCUCCCGGCACCGGCGCAAUGCCCGACAUGGCGACCAUGGCAGCCCUGCUCGGCGGCCUCGGCGGCGCUGGCACCGGCGCAGGCGCAGGCGCGGGUGCAGGCGGCCUUGCAGCCCUGCUGGGCGGCCUCGGUGGCGCCGGCGGACCCGGCGCCGGCGGUCUGGGCGGUCUGGGCGGUCUGGGCGCGCUAGGAGGCCUGGGCGGCCUGGGCGGCCCGGGCGCGGCGCCGGCGGGGCUGUUUGCGCCGCCGCCGGUGGCGGACCCAGAGACGGCGUUCGCCACGCAGCUGCAGCAGCUGCAAGACAUGGGCUUCUUUGACCGCCAGCAGAACAUUGCGGCGCUGCAGGCCACCGGCGGGAACGUGAACGCUGCGGUUGAGCGCCUGCUGGGCGGCCCCUGAUGGCUGGGCAGGAGAGCGAGCGCGAGAGCCGGCGCUGCGGCGGCCGCUGAGGGCGCCAGAGUCCGUGAGAGCCGCCGAAUGAGAGCCGCCAAGCGCUCUGUGGAGCAAGGCCGAUCGGCAGUGUGACAGAGAGGGAGAGAGCGAGAGCGCCCGGCUGUGGUGGGGCGGCUGGCUGCGUCCGAGCUGUGGGUCGGGCCGCUGGUUGUUGUGGGGGCCGUGGCAGGCGGCUCGAAUGAGGUUCGGAAUGAGGGUAGGUUGCAGGAGAGGGAUCGGCGCUUGGUGAGCGGUGAUAGGGCUUUGCGCGUUCGCGGCUCUUGCUCGCAGCCCGGCUGGACUGAAAAAAGCGUGUGGAGCGGACAGGAGGGGGGGACGAGGAGGUGGCACGAGGAGGGGGCAGCAGCUGAUGGGGGCUCGGAAGCCAGGAGCUGCGAAGGAGAGAGGCAAGAGAGGCAAGGGACACGGGCGGCAAGGGGCGGAGGCAAACCAGCGCAUGAAGUCGAGAAGAACCCAUUGGCAAUUUGCCGAGAGCGAGCUGAGGGUUGCAAGGGAACUGCUGCUGCUGCUGCUGGUGGUGAUGGUGUGGUUGCGGCUGUCGCGGCUGUUGCAAGGUGCUGUGUUUGACCGGCUUGGAAGGGCUGGCAUGGCGGCAGGCCUGCAGCCGACGCGACCCACGUCCCACGCAUGCAGCAACUCUCAGAGGCCCCCAUUGAUUCAGCCGCAGCACGCGUGUGUGGUCGGCGGGUUGGGCAGGCCCUUUCACUGCCCACUCCGCUGGUCACACGCGCGCCGCUGUGGAAAUUUUGGCGCUUUUUGAUGUUGGUGUGCGGUGCGCAAGUGUUGAAACGUCGAAGUAUCGAGGCCCUAGUGAAGUGAUUGGUGUGCGUGCGUGUGUGCUCGUGCGCGUGUGAGACUGGGUUGCGGCUAGGUGGCCAUGCGGUGUACGGCACUGCAGUGUGGUACGGCAAUUGGAGGGGAGAGCUGUACUGCUAUAAAAGCUGUGAGAGGAGCAGUGAGGUUGAUGUUGAUGCGUGGUCGGUGGAUUUGGUGGUGGGCCAGAACAAAGGCGGGGCGUUCCGCAACGUACAGCUGGCGGCUCGCUUGUCUUGUUGGAGUCUUGCGUGUGGGACGGGGGGAGGAGGGCUGAGGGGAAGCACACGCUGUUGUGACGCGUUUGAGCCAGGGGAGGAAGUUUCCCUGGAUUGAACAGGAGGGGGCGGGAAAGCCACGGUGCGUGGUUAGGGAACGUGGGGCGGAGCAGCGUCGGGACCCACACAGCGAGGGAGGCAAACAGGGAGGCAUACCAUGGGUCAACCAGCGAGAGUGCAAAAAGGAACACGGCCAUCGCCAACAAGUUGAGGGCUUGCGGCGGUGUGUGCGGACGCGGUGAUGUGGGCCGUGUACCAACGUCCGGCCCCAACGUGCCUUGCAAGGGGAACAGGAAGCGCGAUAUGGUGUGUCCGCGGGACGUGGGAGGCCGGGCGCACGGAGCGUGAAGAAAGCGCGUCACCAAACUUCCAACCAGCCAGCAACUUGUCGGUAACUCCGGUGUUCGACCAGCCGCGCGUACCAUACUGCACUGCUGUUGCAAAUUGUUUGUCAUCUGCUGGGGUCUGGGAAUCAGUGCAUCCUACGGGAAUUCGCCAACCUGCCUUAACCUUGUCCCAUCGCACACCUACAGGAGAACAGGUUCCGCAAUCUCUGCAGUGGCAAGGGCCCCUUAGCGUUCUCUCAAUGCGCACGGUGUCGGAGCCUGUAGGCAGGAUCUCUCCAUUACCUCCACUUGCUUCCUUUGCCAUGUCCCAACGUACCGGACCGUAUUGGCCUCAGCUCGAAGGCGCCCCAGACGCCCCACUAGCCUUGGCGGCGGCGGCGCACGCGUACAAUGUUCUGCAUGCACGCGUGCAUCUGCGCGUACACGUACACAGUCCUACCCCAGAAAACAAGGGGUGUCAGCUUUGUACAGCUGGAAAAUGGGCUGAGCCCCCGUACGCUUGGGAGCUAAUAGGGUGUAACGCCCCGUCAGA